AUGUCACCUGCACAUCGCAAGUCCUGCGACCGCUGUCGUCAGCAGAAACAAGCUGACCAAUCUUUCACAGAGAAACAACGAGGCCAUCGCCGUCGCUCUUCUGGUCGCUCGCCUAGCGAAAUUAAAGACGCAGAUCUCUUCGACCUCGUGCCGGCCUUUGGUAAUGUUGGUGGGACGCCCAGGUCAUCGACUGGUCCCCCCCACGUCAUUACCGCCUUGAUGGGCCACCCUUCUUCCGACCUGUAUGUUGACGAAAGCGAGACGGCUGCCGGCGGCUUCGGUGCACCAGACGCAGAGCACCACCUGCUGCCACUUCAAAUCCCCCCAACUUCGCUCGAGUCACUCGCCACCUUGCUAGCAGAGGCUGUAUCUGCUUCAUCCAUGCCGGCGGUGCCCUUUUACGACGCCACCGCCCCGGCUCCAUUGAUGGAGAUCGACGCCGACCACGAAGACACGACGAGCUUCUUGUUCUCACGGCUGACGGCCGUGAGCCAAAGGGCCAUGCGGACAGCCCGCCGUCUCGCCCGCUCCGGCCCAGGCGCAGGUGCAACCCCCCUGAUGGUGUCGUCGCCCGAGGUGAACGAGGCUUUGGAGGGCACGAAUACGCUGAUAAGCACCGUCAACGACAUCAUGGCAGCGGCACCGACAGCAGGACGCGACGACUCGAUGACCACGACCGAUUACGCCGGACUGGCCUUCUCGGCUCUCGCUUGUCACCAAAACCUCAUGACGCUCUUCCGAGCCAUUUGCGAUGCCAUACAGGGUAGACUGCAGGCCAAGAAAGAAGAGCCGGAACAACAACAACAACAACAAGACGCCGCCCAUGUCGCCCAGUUCGUCAUGGUGCUGCAAUUGCUGAUGCAUCUCAUCAGCCGCAUGGGCCGCUUCUUGGUGAUAUCGCACACGACGGCUGAGCAGGAGAGCCAAUUUAUCGCACCCGCGGCCAUGCUCGACUGCAGUACUUUGGCCCCCGACGACUAUGCCAUUGACAUCGUCCCCGGUCAGUCUACUGCGUCGUCAGCCACACCAGCCCACCACUUGACGCGCCGCAGCGGUCUGCUUGAGCAUGUGCAAGAGAUUGUCGGAAACAUAGCCAGUGAGCGUGAGAGACUGAGGCUUAUCAUUCAGGAACUGCAGGCGGAAAUGGACCAUGCGGAAAUAUACUAAAGGCAGCGAGACUUCUACGUUAUGCACCCCUGUUCUAGACCUGUGGCUAUAGAGAUUCAACAUAAGGUUUAAGAACCGAACAGACGGCCCCCCCUAUUCUAUACUCGGAACAAGAGCGUGUUGG